AUGAGAGUGAAUCUUGACCAGAUCGAGUUCUACAAUGGUCCAAGCCAGCCGCCCUGCAACAAUCGGAGGAAGUCACCCCCAACACACAUUCCACAGACCUUCCAGCAUUUUUCUUCCACUGAGAUAGUCCCAGGACCGCCCCAGGCGAAUUCAAGAAAGGACCGGCCAUCUAGCGGGACCGCUUAUCUAUGGAAUACAUUUGACUUUGAGAUUGAUAGGCUCUAUGGCGUUACUGAGCAUCGAACGACGAAAGAUACCGAAUCCUCUAUCGCACCAAUCAUCCCAGCCACUCUUGAUAUUCAGUCGGAUAAUAGAGGCUCUUGCCUAGCUUCAUCCGAGCCAGUGCUAUUCGAAGAUACCUCGGCGACACCAAUACCCUGCCGCCCAGACCAAUUGGAUCAUGUUUCUCUCGAUUUACAGGAGAAUGGCUUGCCAAAUUUCGUGUCUUAUAGCAAAGGUGCGGAAAUAGCUGAAUAUCUACGCGCUCCCUGUGUCACCGCGCCUGCAUCCAGACAAGCGGGCAAUGCCACUAGCAGCCUAUCCACAACUUAUGAUUGCCAUCGAGAAUCCGUGCAGGAAAGCUCGUCGAUCACACGGGCUCUUUCAGAGUACAGCGGCCCCAUAAAUGGUGGAAUGAUCACGAACCAGUCCCAGUCACCCGAACUAAGUGAUGUUUUAUGCACCAGUGCAAUAGAUGCUUCGGGGCGGGCUGUUAGUUCCAGUAGGGCUGAAGCCAAGUCAGAUACAUCUGGCCUCUCUUCUCGCUCGAAUUGCUCCAACCAGUGCCCUAGUCCGGAAAAUUCUGGUGCUAGAACAACCCGAGUGUACAACGGCCCGUUACGCUAUCCGUCAGUAGCUGUGGUUGUACCCGCGCCUUCAUGGAAGCAGCGAAGAGCCACCAGGGCAAGCACAAGGGCCGCUGCGGCAGCAUGCAACAAGCGACUUCGCUCAGGCCAAGCCUCCAUCAAUCGCAAUAGUCCAGAUGCAUUUUCCCGUCGCACUGAAGGCUCGAUUUCGAAGAUGAAGAAGACCCGGACGCCUGCUCUUAGGCGUGUCUCUCGCCCUUCGGAAGGUUCAAUUCCCGCUUCGUGCCAUUGUACCCGUGAUAUCCACGGGAUUCGCGGAAACGCCCUGCUCACAGUUGUAUCAGAUUCUGGCGUGAAACCUGCGUAUUAUUUCACCUUUGUGCCUGACACGAGUUCGGCGUCGCACCAGGCGCAUCCGGGGGGAGUUUCUGGAAAACAAAGGCCAUACACAUCCGAUGAGAAUGCGCUGUUGGUUCGGCUGAAAGAAAGAGAAGCAAUGUCAUGGGUUGAGAUUGCGGACUAUUUUCCUGACCGAACUGUCUCAUCCCUGCAAGUCCACUAUUCGACUAAGUUACGGCAUAAGGCAAGAGAUUGA